UGUUUAUGUCUGUGCCUGUUUCUGUGUGUGUGUGUGCUUGUACUCUGUGCAUGUGUUUGUGUCUGUGUGUGUAUGUCUGAGCUUGUGUGUGUGUGUGUGUGUGUUUAUCUGUACUUUUGUCUGUGCAUGUGUGUGUGUGUGUCUGCUUGUGUUUGUGUCUGUGCUUGUGUGUUCGUAUCUCUGUGUGUGUAUCUGUGUGUGUGCGUGUGCGUGUGUAUGAGAUUUCUCCCCCAGUCUGUCCUUCCCGUGCCAACCACACACUCUCUGCCUGUCCUGAACCUGUUGCUAUGGCUCUGCUCUCUCUUAAAGAGACUUCUUAAAGUUUGUGCAAUUUGCUUCACUCCCCCUCCCCUCGCCUUUAUUUUCCUGCUGAAACACUGGGAGAUUGUCGGCUGAAUCCUAUUGUGGACAACAAGCAUUCCCUCUCUUGGCUCCUUCACACCAAACUCCUUAUAAGGCAAUCGUCUCCCUGGCAACGGUCCGGCUUCGAUAGCACUGUCAAAUCCCUGCACAUGCAGUCACUGACUCUCAUCUCCUGCUCUAUUCACAAAAAUCACCCUCGUAACCUCUCCUGGACCUCGCAUCUCCUCUUUCUCUCGCCCGUUUGCCUGUCCCAGCCUCUUGCAGCCUGGGGGCUGAGUCACAGAUGAGGCCACAGUCCCCCAUAACUUGUACCUGCCUUCAGCGGUCUCUGCUUAGAACCAGUUUGCGGAGGAUUCACGGAACGAACUUCAAACUUUGAGUUCCACUGACAGAUGAGCAAGCUGCACUUUUGUCUGCAGACGUAACUUUCUUGCUGGGCUGAGGAGUGCGGGGUGAGCCACACAGCGAAGAAGGCAUGUGAGGUUGUUUACACAUGACUUGCUCCCGGCCUCCCGGCGCGUACGUUUGCUCUCCAUCUAAGUCGGACUACUUCCUGGGGGAGGACAGCAGGAAUUGCACAGUCUAAGGACACCAACAAUGUCUAAACAACUCGCCGUGCAUUCCCAACUUCAGCACAGCCAGUCUGAAUCCACGGACACUUGUGCUUUCUGACUCCUCGCUGGUGCUCCCCGAACUCCAACUGGAUCUCACCUCUGUGAGGACAAUACUGUUCCUUCCCCAGUACAGUCUCAACAAGGUUCCAUCAUUCUGCCUCCUGCGAACUGUCUGCAGAGGAGCCUGGACACAAGGCGAAGGAGAGAGCGAGGGCCGGGCGCAGGUGAGAGAGGGGACAGAGAGCAUCGGAGCUGGUUAGAUGCCAAGCAGUGCAGAGAUGUCCAGCGCUGCCAGUGAGUGGGGAGACUCCCAGGAUGACAACAAAGCCUAUAGUCACAAUGGCACAGACGAUUCCCUGGAGAGUCCUGCACCGUCCUCCUCGCAGACUGGGGGCAGUGACCUGGAGCUCGCUGACCAGGACCGGCAGUGCAUGCAGGUUGACUGUGUGGUGUGUGGGGACAGAGCCAGCGGAAAACAUUACGGCCAGUUUACGUGUGAGGGAUGCAAGAGCUUCUUCAAGAGGAGCAUCCGCCGGAACCUGUCGUACAUCUGCCGCUCGAGCAGGGACUGCCAAAUAGACCAGUUCCACCGCAACCAGUGCCAGUACUGCAGGCUCAGCAAGUGCUUCAAGGUUGGCAUGAAACGUGAAGCUGUCCAGCGAGGACGGAUCCCUGCAGCUCAGUCCAGCCCUGGGGAGCUCUCUCUGUCACCCGGAGACCAGCUGAAAGGAAGCAACAUCUCAAGCCUCAUCUCUCUGCUGCUGCGAGCCGAGCCCUACCCCACGUCACGCUUCAGUACCCAGUGUACUCAGUACAACCUGCUGAGUAUUGAUAACAUCUGCGAGCUAGCCGCACGCCUGCUCUUCAGCGCCGUCGAGUGGGCUCGCAACAUCCCUUUUUUCCAUGAGCUGCAGGUCUCGGAUCAGGUGGCCUUGCUGAGGCUCAGCUGGAGUGAGCUCUUCGUUCUCAAUGCCGCCCAGUCCUCGCUGCCCCUCCAUAUGGCUCCUCUGCUGGCCGCCGCCGGCCUGCACUCCACGCAGAUGUCUGCCGACAGGGUGGUGACCUUCAUGGACCAGAUACGUGCCUUUCAGGAUCAGGUGGAGAAGCUGAAGGUCUUGCAGGUCGACUCUGCAGAGUACAGCUGCCUGAAGGCCAUCGCCCUCUACACUCCAGAUGCCUCGGGUCUCUCCGAACCGGCCCACAUCGAGAGCCUGCAGGAGAGGGUUCAGGAAUGUCUGGCUGAGUACGUGCGCUGUCAGUAUCCUCCACAGCCUCAACGCUUUGGCAAGCUACUCCUCCGACUGCCUGCCCUCCGCGCUGUGCCAGCUUCCCUCAUUGGACAACUCUUCUUCAUGAGACUGGUGGGGAAGACGCCCAUCGAGACGCUUAUCAGAGACAUGCUGCUGUCCGGCAGCUCUUUCAAUUGGCCUUACUUACCCACUCAGUGAAAGACCAGGACAGCCGUCGUCUCCCACCCACUCCAGCACCCUCACUGGCAAUGCCACAAACAUUACCAGAAAUCAUUUGUGGGACUGUUAAGUACUGAAUUAGCUAAAAUAUUUCAGUUAGUGCAGAUGUGUGUUUUUCCUUUGCUUAAAGAAAUUUGAGCUGUAAUUUAAGAACAUCUGGCCAGAUGGUAAUGGCCUGUCCACUUAGCUAAUAAGAGUUGGUGAUGCUGAGAGCUGGGGUAGGGGAACAAUCAACCAGUGUGCCUGUUUCACCCCUGGCUCUGCUUCCAUUCCUACCCGUAACCCACCCACAUCCCUCUCCCACCUGUCUAUAUUCGGACCCCCAUCCCUCUCCCGUAAUCCUGUUUCAAUCCCCAUCCCU